CUACCAUAUGAUUCAUAUCUCUUUUGCUGGUUUUUGUUGUAAACUUACAAGCAAAAGACAGAGAAGGCGACGAUGAGUACGAUGAAGCCAAGCCGGAGCGACGAAGUAUCUGACCCAGAUCAGCAGAUCAAGAACUCUAACGAGAUCAGAGCUGGUUUCGAUUCCUUGGCACCUAAGCGACCCACUAAACCCACCCGGAGCGAGCCAGCACCUCUCGAAUCUUUCUCUACUUCCGACCAAACCACAGACCACCCGGAGGCUGACAAGUUCCAAAAUCUCCAGUCACAAACUCAUGGUAAUAUUCUGCAUGGAGGAGGUUCAGCUGCUGUUCAAGAUGAGUUCUUAGAGACAGAGUAUUACACGAAUCUCACCUCCAUUGAUAAGCAACAUCACACGACGGGAAGUGGGUUUAUCAAUGUGGUGAAGGAAGAUAGCGGUGAAGAGGCCGUUCCAGCCGCCGCUGCACUCGACGACGACGGAGGAGAAAAGGCGGUUUACAAAAGCAACCCGGCGACGAACGACUGGAUUCCUGCCGCGGAGGAAGACCUCACUUCCGAGUUUUCAUCUAAACCGAACCGAAGCGAGAGUUCUUGAAUAAUAUCUUUAACAAUGUUUCUUACCUUCUUCCAGAUGUUGUGUGUUUCCUGAUAUUAUUGUAAUAAAAUUUGAAAUCAGAGAAUUAUAUGUUUUGCCA